AUGGAUGUCACUUUCUUUGAAGAGACACCCUACUAUUCUCAGGUCUCUCCUCAGGUGGAGAGUAGUGAGCGUGGAGAUUUGGGUCAUUUUCUUCAAGGGGAGUGCAGUGAGGGCAGGGUUAAUACUUUUGGGGCUGUUCCUUUACCUAUUCCAUUGGGUGAUGAGGGCUGCAAUAGCGAGGGUGGUCAGGAGGAUCGGGAGUUGAGAGUCUAUCACAAGCGAUGCAAGCAGGUUGAUCCCGGUCAUCAGCAGUCCCGACCAGCUCCAACCCCUUUUGCAGCUCCAAGUCCAAAUAUUACAGUCCCAGGGCCCACAAAGACUCCUUCCAUUAUUGCUACCUCACCCCCUGUAGAUGACCUUGACCUUCCCAUUGCCAUCCAGACAGGUAAGAAGGUCUGCCGGCUCAAUAAGGCAUUGUAUGGUUUGAAGCAGUCACCUAGAGCAUGGUUCGAUAGAUUCAGACUAGCCCUUGGGAAGUUCGGUUAUGUACAGGCCCUGUCAAAUCAUACAUUGUUCAUCAAGAGGGUGGAGUCCUCUCUGACACUACUUGCAGUAUAUGUUGAUGAUAUUGUGGUGACAGGAAAUGACAGCCAUGAGAUUUAG